AUUGUUCUGGUCCCUUGCACCUCUGUUCUGUCUGUGCUCUCCAGUCCAAGAUGACCUGGACUCCUCCAGUCUUGCUCUCCCUGCUCGCUGCACUGCUCAUCCUGGCUGCCCGCUUUGGGGCCGAAGGGGCAGCGGUGAAGAAAGACAAGGUGGAUGAGAAGGUAGCAGCUGAUCCUCAGGGUUCUGCCAGGAGGAUCUUCAUGCACGAGUCUGAUGCCUCAAACUUCUUCAAGCGACGUGGCAGGAGAUCUGUGACCUCUCAGAAUGAGCUCAUGGCGGAGUACAGACAGCGUCUGGCUGCAGACGAGAAUCGGAGGGAGUACAAUGAGGAGCAGAGGACCGAAUAUGAGAACUACAUGGAGGAAGUGCGCGAUGAGCAAGCCGAGAGGACCAGGGAGACAACAGAGCAAUGGCGUGAAUUCCACUACGACGGGCUCUAUCCUUCUUACCAUCGAUAUUACAAAUGAGUGCCUUGUGCCAACUAAAGAGAGCCUGUCACUCUGAGAUAUGCUUAUGAAAACAUUAUAAGUAUACAGUAACAAACUAAAAUAUUGAUAUCUUUUCUUACAUCAUGCAGCUGUAUCACAUAUGGCAGCAAACAUAAAGCAGAGGCUGUAGUUUAUAGAAAAUUUCUGCUCUGCAGUAUUCUUUAUUUUCUUCAUGUUGAAAAUUGUUAAAUUAUGUACUUGAAAAUUACUAUUUCACUGUUUUCUAUUAUGGUAAACACUUUACAUACUCCCAUUCAAAACAGUUUUUUGUAUAGAUAAACUUUCAAGGGAGUUGCAUAUCAUAUCCUCAUGAAACAGGGGGCUUUACUCUCAAACAUCUAAGCAUGCUACUUAAACAUUUAUUUUUCACUCUAAGAUGUAAUUUUGUGAGGUGAAGUUUAAAGCCUUUAUUUUAUGAAAUACAGCUACAUUACAGAGUCACAAGAAAUAUGAUGUCAUUAAAAUAGAUUUAUUGCCCUUGGACUGGGACACAAGUUCCUGUCUUACCCAGAAUGCACCUGGAGGAGGAGCCUGAACCACCAUGUUGAGCUACAUAUUUAAAAUGAUGUGCCUGCCUUAGGUUUCUCAUUGUAUGAGCUUUUUAUUGUAACCUUAUUGGGUUGGAGAAAAUGUGGGAUUAAUAAAUUCUAUA